AUGGUUUUAAGUGUGUGCGAGCACAGGCCACAAAGGCUGCCAGAACCGUUACAGGCCAGGAGGCACGGAGCUGUUGGUCGAAGCAGCCCGGCAUCUGCAAAUUUCGACAGCAACAGAGCGGGCAUUGCUUUGACUGCUUUGGCCCUGAGCCGUUUUCAAUCACAACCUCGGAAGAAGAGCGCCAGAACAGCUUCGGAGAACGAAAAAGACACACGGAAAGUCCAGAAGCAAUGGGAGACGGAAGAGCGUCAGGCAGAGUUUUGGGAUCAUCUCUUUGAAGGGCCCGAAGAUGCGUUCAGACUUGCUGGAGAGGAUCCCGAUAUUCUGAGGCAAAAGCGGGUCAUGAUCAUGAUUUCUGACACUGGUGGUGGCCACCGUGCAUCCGCUAUGGCACUGGCUGAUGCUUUGCAGGAGCUCUAUCCGGUCCACAUCACGAUACGUGAUGUAUGGACGGAGUCGUGUCCAUGGCCGUUCAGUACUGUUGUGAAGCAGUAUAUGUGGAUGGCAAAGCACACAUGGUCUUGGCGCAUGCUGUGGUACAGCAGCAAGUUUCCGGUCAGCCGAUGGAUCAUGCAGAAGUUCGCGAAUGUUUUGUGCAAGCGAGUGUUCAUGAAGGCAAUCCAGGAUGACAAUCCGGACUUGGUCAUCUCUGUUCAUCCUGGAACACAGCACAUCGUCAUCAAGGCACUGAAAAAGCUGGCACGCCGUCAAGGAAGCAGGAGCCGCACUCCAUUCGUCACGGUUGUGACAGAUCUUGGGUCAGCUCAUCCAAUGUGGUUUCAUCCUGAAGCGGAUCGUGUGUUUGUACCAUCAGAUGCCGUCAAGAGCAUUGCGUUGAAAUGCCACGUGCGGGAGUCUGUAAUCGAGGAGUAUGGACUGCCCCUCAGGCGCGCAUUCUGGAAUGCUGAGCCGCGAACUAGACAGGAGGUUCGACAAGUGCUGGGCAUCCCAGAAAUUAAAACAGUUCUGGUUGUUGGCGGUGGUGAUGGUGUUGGUCGCUUGUUCCAGGUGGCCGAAGCAGUUGGUCACCAGCUCGAGACUUUGGAUGGUGGCGCCCAGCUGGUCGUGAUUUGCGGCAAGAACGAGAAGGUGCGGAAGCAGCUUCAAGCUGUGAGUUGGCCUGCCACCGUGCAUACACAUAUUCUGGGGUUUGUGAAGAAUAUGGACGAGUGGAUGGCUGCAGCAGAUGUCAUCGUCACGAAAGCUGGUCCAGGGACGAUAGCUGAGGCUUGUACUAGAAACUUGCCUGUCAUGCUCAGUUCUUAUCUACCUGGACAAGAGCAGGGAAAUGUCGGCUUUGUAAUCGAGGGAGGAUUUGGUGAUUUCUCCAGUGACCCUCUUGUCAUUGCACGUACCGUGGUUGGAUGGCUUCAAGAUGAAAAAGCUCUUCAGCAAAUGUCCAAUCAGGCAGCUGCACAAGGCCGUCCUCGUGCAACGCUUAAAAUCGCGCAGGCAAUCGGCCAGAAAUGGCUGACCACAAGAACAUCUACGAUGUUGUCGAUGCUGGAAAAGCUCUUGAAAGGAGGAUCCGGAUCGUCUCGUCUCGACUCCGGUCCUGAUGCUUCAGAGCGACUGCCAGAACACGUUGGCCAGCAGCUGUCGGAAGCAUUGCGCGAGUUGAAGCAAGCACAGCAGGACUGUCUGCAUUCGGAAGCAUCCCUCCGCGAUGCAAAGGAGCGAGUCAGGAAAGCUUUGGCAGAGGCAGGGCAGUUCCGACGUUCGCCACAGGACCUGCUUUCUCGCUCUGGUGUUUGA